UAACGGGUGGCCAUCGGUCGUUCUUGCCUCUCUUCGCAGUCGACUUUUUCUCGUUGUGGCUGUUGUGUUUUUUUUCCUCCCUCAGCCCUGGGUGGAUGGCGUCCAACAGCGCCAACCCGCAGCCGGCGGUCCCGGCGACUGUAGUAACGAUGCCGGAGCUUCCCGCAGGAGCCGCUGUGUGCACAACUCUGCCGGACCUGCUCUAUCUUCCCGAACUCGUGUUUGGGGGUCUGGUGUGGAUCCUGGUGGCGUGCACGCUGGUGGUUCCCCAGAACCCGCAGGGCUGGGUGAUGUCGGUCAGCGUCUUCUGCUUUGUCACCACCUUCUUGUGGAGCCUCGUGUUCCUGUGCGGAUGUCAUUCCAACAAAAGCGGCUGGGUGGCAGCGGAUUUUGCCUAUCACCUGACGGCCGCUGUCUUCUACCUCAGCGCUUCCGUGUCCUUGGCCAAAGUUACGCUGGACAUGGAGAACGCCGGAAGAUUCCAGUACUACCAGCUGGACAUUUCGGCUGUGGUCUGUCUCUGUCUGUCGCUCGCUCGCUCACUCGCUCACACUCACGCACGCAUAGGCAAACCAAGGUCCUUUAUUAGCGGCAAUAAAAAUGGACAAAGCAACUCAAAUGGAAAAAUGUUGGGAAUGAAAAGCCGUUUGUCCAACGAAUGUGUGCUUUUGUGUGUCCGUCGCUCACAGGUGUUCUCGUACGCGGCCACGCUGCUGUACUUUGUGCACAGCAUCCUGUCGGCCAUGCGCUGGAAGACCUUCUAGAACUUUUCCAUCCGGCUGUCAAGAACGCUUGAAUUGGACCAACGAUGGUGACCUAUUUAUUUGACACUGUUCUUUCCGUCUAAGACACGGUGCAAGCGUAUUGUGACUUUGCUAUUUGGCAUUAUGAGGAUCCGCUCGCCUUAUUUUAGGAUGUGUUGAUUGAGGACAUUUUAAAAGUCGUGUGACACAAUUCGUUUGGGAGACCAUGAUAUAUAUUUGACGUUAUUGGAAAUGAUUUCUGUUUGCUAUUGUGAAUGGAGAUAGAUGACACGUUUGACAUGGCUGAAUUCUGAAAUUGAUAAGUACCGAUACGUAUUUAUCGUUGUUAAAUCUUUCAACGCUUGACAUGAUUUAGCUCAUUUAGACUUGUUCAUUUUUGACAUAUUUAUUGACAUACCUCGAUGUAAUGCUGUUUAGUGACAUGUAUGUUUGGCACCGAUUUGUUCAUACCAGAAGAGAUUUAUUUGUGAAAUAUUUAACAUAAAGGAAUGUUUUGAAUCAA